UUGCCUCCACGCUGGAAGAGCUCAGAGUAUACAGAUCACAGCGGAGUAAAACACCUUGCUCUAAAGAGGUGUAUAAACCAAAUACAAACUUUAGCACUUAGCACGUUUCUUUCGGGGACUGUCUGAAAGCCGUUAAACAACACAGAAACGAUUUUUUAACUUAGUGCGAUUUGAUGUCUGAACUUUUUUCAGAGGGAAAACUUGAUUUUCUGAACUUGGAGGAAGUUGCGCUGAGAACGAUUUGAAGUCUCAAGACUGGAUUCACAAUACAAGCUGCGCAAAAUUAUCCGGUUGAACUUGGUGACAAAACAAACUGAGAGAAAACAAUCAUACGGAGUCGCUCAUUUUCAUUUGAUAAGCGAGCUUUAAGAAACUGAGGGCUCCUCGAACUUUUGCGGAGUUCUACUCUGAAAACUGCGGCUGAAACAAAAGACAGAGAAGGGAAACCCUGUGAAUAAGACUUCUGAACUGAGUUUUGGUUACUCUUCUAUGUCUACCAAGAUGGAAACUACUUUCUACGACGACUCGCUGAAUGCCGCUUUCUCCCAGCAUGACAGCGCUAGCUACGGAUACAACCAUAAAGCCUUGAAACAAAGCAUGACGCUCAAUCUCACGGACCCCACCGGGAACCUAAAACCUCACCUGCGAGCGAAAGCUAACGACAUACUGACUUCGCCAGAUGUCGGACUGCUAAAGCUGGCCUCCCCAGAGUUGGAGAGACUUAUCAUCCAAUCAAGCAACGGCCUGAUUACCACUACCCCAACCCCAACCCAAUUUCUCUGUCCGAAGAACGUCACAGAUGAGCAGGAGGGGUUUGCUGAGGGUUUCGUGAGGGCACUGGCGGAGCUGCAUCAUCAACACAUGCCCAAUGCGCCUAAUGUCACGACUGCACCGCCAACGAGUAUAAACAGCGCUAUGGCACCUGUGUCCUCUCUGGCGGGGGGUAAUGUCUACAAUUCCACCAUGCGUUCCGAUCCACCAGUGUACGCAGACCUCAGCACGUUCAAUCCAGCCAUCAGCAGUGCACCAGCGCCAAGCUACAGCAAUGCAAACCCUGCCAUGACUUACUCGUCUGCCCCGCCACAACACCACAUGAGCGCACCGCUACCGGUCCAGCACCCUCGGCUGCAAGCACUUAAAGAGGAACCACAGACCGUACCAGAGAUGCCCGGUGAGACCCCUCCACUGUCACCCAUCGAUAUGGAAAGUCAAGAGCGGAUCAAAGCUGAGAGAAAGCGCAUGAGGAACAGAAUCGCCGCUUCAAAGUGCCGGAAGAGGAAGCUGGAGAGGAUUUCUAGGCUGGAAGAUAAAGUAAAGAACCUGAAAUCCCAGAACUCUGAACUGGCGUCCACUGCCAACAUGCUCCGGGAGCAGGUUGCCCAGCUCAAACAGAAAGUCAUGAAUCAUGUCAACAGCGGAUGCCAGCUUAUGUUGACACAGCAGUUGCAGACGUUCUGAAAAGGAGAUCAACGAAAGCUUCGAGCGACAUAAAGACUAACCUAAAAAAGAAAACAAGGACGAAAUUGGUGGCUGUAUCUACAGGCUAUAGCAGAGGUCAGACAGAAUACAGCAUAUGACUGGAGGGGACUGCCUGGCCGAGUACCUCGCGCUCCGGUUCGCGCAGGAGUUCCGGCUGAACUGAGGGGAAGAAUUUCGCAAGUUGAGUUUGCCGGUGAUGAAAGAAACAGCAGCAAACAGCACAGCUUCUUAUUGUUCUGUUUCAUGCUGUUUUUGACAAGAUACAAGAGAGACUUUGUUCAUUUCGACCAAGUUUUGCAUGGACCUAACCUUCGAAGAUCAUUCAGUAUUAAAAAACAAUUAAGACAAAAACUGCAAUAGAGACAUAGUUGCCUGUAUUGUUACGCCAGUUGAAAGGCGUGUUAUAAAGGCUGAAUACUUUUGAUAUAAAAGCUGCCUGACUUCUGAGUUAUACAUGUACUUUUUUCUUAAUUGUAUUGAAUUGUUCUUUCAAGUUAGAAAAUGCUUCAAGAGUUUUCUUUUUCUAAAGUUGCUUAAUGGGGUUUAACUCAUUGUUAUUUGUAUAUAUGAACUUGGAGUACUUAAGUUUACCAUUUGUAAUAAAAACAGUAUAAUUUUUUUAUGUUUGUUUUCUGGGAAUCUCGGAAACUAAUCAAUAUUUAAGAAGCAUAAUAAAGUAUCUAAAAUGAA